UCGUUUAGCUGUCAAUAACUCCCUUCAGACUUCACCAGAGAAUAGGUGUGCGCCUGUAGGGUUACGAUUGUGGUUUUUCAAAGUUUUUACACAAAGUGGUGCAGUUUUUAAAUAAUUAUGGAGCCCUAUGAUGUGAUAAUUAAUCAACCCGUAGUUAUUGAUAAUGGUUCUGGUGUGAUCAAAGCAGGUUUUGCAGGCGACCAGAUACCAAAAUGCAGAUUUCCAAAUUAUAUUGGCAGACCCAAACAUGUUCGUGUCAUGGCUGGUGCUUUAGAAGGAGAUCUUUUUGUGGGGCCAAUAGCAGAGGAACAUCGUGGCCUUUUGUCUCUUCGUUAUCCAAUGGAACAUGGAGUUGUUACAGAUUGGAAUGACAUGGAGAAAAUUUGGUCUUAUGUAUAUAGUAAAGAUCAAUUAGCAACAUUUAGUGAAGAACAUCCAGUUCUAUUAACAGAAGCUCCUCUUAAUCCAAGAAAAAAUAGAGAAAAAGCUGCAGAAAUAUUCUUUGACACAUUUAAUGUUCCAGCUUUAUUUGUUUCAAUGCAAGCUGUUCUCAGUUUAUAUGCUACUGGACGAACAACAGGGGUUGUUUUAGAUGCUGGAGAUGGUGUCACACAUGCAGUACCUAUUUACGAAGGUUUUGCUAUCCCUCAUAGUAUUAUGAGGGUUGAUAUAGCAGGACGUGAUGUUACAAGGCAUCUUCGACUUCUUUUACGUAAAGAAAGUAUUAAUUUCAGAACUACAGCAGAGUUUGAAAUUGUUAGAACAAUUAAAGAACGAGCGUGCUAUCUUGCUAGCAAUCCUCAAAAGGAAGAAACAAUUGAAACAGAGAAAUUUCAAUAUAUAUUACCUGAUGGCAGUUAUUUGGAGAUUGGUCCAGCACGAUUUAGAGCUCCUGAAGUGCUUUUUAGACCAGACUUGAUUGGAGAAGAAUGUGAAGGACUUCACGAAGUGUUAACAUAUUCUAUUCAAAAAUCUGAUUUAGAUUUAAGGAAGGUACUAUACCAAAAUAUUGUCUUGUCAGGAGGAUCUACAUUAUUCCGUGGGUUUGGUGAUAGAUUGUUAUCUGAAAUUCGUAAAAUGGCACCAAAAGAUAUAAAAAUUAGGAUAUCGGCUCCACAAGAACGAUUAUAUAGUACCUGGAUUGGAGGAUCCAUUUUGGCUUCGUUAGAUACUUUUAGGAAGAUGUGGAUUAGUAAAAGAGAAUAUGAAGAAAAUGGGAUAAGAGCAAUUCAUCGCAAAACAUUCUGAAUUUAAUUUAGGGAGAUGUAAGAUGUUAUGUCGAAUAAUUUAAAUACAACAUAUAAGUAAUGGCACACUCGGCACAAAAGAAUGAGAUGUACCGUGUUUACUGUGCUCUUUGAAUGCUUUUAAUAUUGCAAUUUCUUUUAAAUCUGCUUUAACUUUCCUUUCUAAAACUGAGAAUAUAUUCCAAGGGAUCGUAAAGUAUAGGUACUUAACGAAUUCAAAAAACCGAACAAUAUUUAUUAAUCUGAAUAAAACUUAAUAUACAAUCAUUCAUUAAGAAUUGUUAAAACAUUAAUUUAUUAAGAUUCCUUGGAAAUGUACAUAAAAGAUUUCUAAGGUUAAACAUAUUUUAUCUUCUCAAAUUCAAUGUAAUUAAAAAAAUUAAACUCUAUUUAAUUAUGUCCUUCUGUAACAUUAAAUUAAAUUCUUCGUUUUUUAAAUACUAUAGUUACAAUUUAUAUAUUUGUUUUUUUAUUAUUUAUAAUUUUGUUAUAUCUGAUAUGUUGAAAAGACCAAUUAAAAACAAAGAGAAUAGAACACUUUGAUUAACUGAAUUAACAUUAUAAUAGAAAUAAUGUAAUCUUUAUUUGCAGUAACAAUUUUGCAAAGUAUUUGUAAAUAUGUAUGCUUUGGUAAAAUAAAUCUAUAAACACUUUUCACAUAUAAUGGUUACAUCGAUUUUUAUAAUCAAGCGGUAAUGAUUGCAUAUUCAUACUUCAUACAAUUUCAUAUGUAAUAAAUAGAAUGUAAUAAAAUAAGUAGUAAGUUCUAAAAAUUUAAAACCAUUAAAGGUGAGUUCAUUGUAAAGGUACUAAAACAAGGGAUUAAAAUAUUUGCCUAAGUUAUUUAUAUUUUAUCUGUGAUAAAAUGAUUGAAACUUAGUUAAUUAAUCGUACUCUUAUUUGUUAUUCUUCAAAUAAAUUUUUACAUUUGCAAAUGUUAAGUUCAUAAUUGUUGAACAUCAUAUUUUCAUAUAGCAUUGAAAAUAUUUUUUUCAACAGUGCAGCUAUUUUUAAAUAUUUUAAUAUUUUGCAUGUACAUCACAAAUUGUAUCGAUUACGAGCAUUGUAUAAUUAAUAUAUGUAAUAUUGUUCACUUUAAUAACUGUAUCUUAAGUUAUAAUAAAAGUACAUUAUUUAUUAUUGA